AUGUACACGGAGGAGCGGACGGCGAUCGACAUGGCGAGCCAAAAAGUACCAACAAAGGGAGGUGAUCAAGACAGCCCGAUCAGGAGGAAAAAAAUGGGGAUCACGCUUGCCCAGAAGCAAGCAUUGAUUGACAAUCUACAACUCGAGCUCACCGAGCGCGCUCGGAAACUCCGAGCAAACUACAACAUUCAUGCGCAAAGCCUCCGUACGCGGAUAGAGAUACGCGUCAAUCGGAUUCCUGUAUCAUUGCGCAAGCUCAAGAUGGGCGACCUUUUGCAGAAAUACUCGACAGAACAGCAGCAAAAACCAAACGCAGCUACAAGCACCGCGAAGGGACCGCCCGUUCCUGCAAAGGAUUCAGUGUCCUCACGAUCGGCGAUGCAGCGAACCCCGGCAGCUGCAUUGCAGUCUUCCACACGGCCGGCCAAGAGACUGAGCCACGAAAUUUCUGGUGGAGACAAGGAAAACGACCUUGAAAAUAUGGAAAACCCCAAGAAGAAGGCACGCGGCAACCCAGCCAGCGAUAUUACCCGGUAUCCAGGUCACGUACUCUCACCAACCACCUCCAACUCGCGAGUACUGCCUCGCGACCGGACUGUCGCGACCCCAGGCAGGUCCGGGAUCGCGCGCCCAGCCAUGACCCCCGGCAGGACCGCCGCCGUGGCGACCAACAUCCUCAACAACAUGGUCGAGAAGGCGCGCUCGACACGCGCGGCCGCGACAGGGCGCAAGACGACCGCCUUAACGACGACGACCACCACGAGCAUCUCAACAACCAACGGCGCCGGGACGGCCGCGGCGGUAGCAGCAAGGCGGAAGAGGGGCGCCACGGUCACGGCGGCUGUCCAACCCGCAGCACCACCGUCAAGACCUGCGACACGGACUGCGCGGCGAGUUAGUGGCACCAGCGAGUCCAGUGAGGGCAGCACCUCGACGGUGGUGAGGAAACGGCCGGCAACGGCGCCCCCCGGGGCACAGCCCAAACCUUUUGCGCCGCCUCCUCCGACAAGCAAAAGAACGAUGGGGGCCACGAUUAGGAAGGGAGUUGGUGCGGCAAACACGACGAGGAAGCCACCCGCGUCCAGGUCCCUGGCGGCAUCAGUACCUCCCUCUGGAACGGGAGGUACCGGGAGGGUGUUGAGGAAGCGGGCUUGA